CAGAUCCAACUGCUGAAUGUCGCACAUGCGGGUUCUCAUCACUGCAUUCCGUGAGGCUCCUUAGUACUACAAUGUGAACCUUUACAUGUUGUGAGUAUAUAACAGAAGAACAACCCUUACCUGUUGAUGGGGCUUCGAUGAAUAGCAAAGUGAAGAAAUUCAACUAUGACUCUGUCGCAAACUUAAACUAAGAGAAACUACAGAGUACAACGCAGUAACCCUACGCCUUAGUACAACGCAGUCACCCUAUGCCUUAGUACAACGCAGUCACCCAAGCCUUAGUACAACGCAGUCACCUAAGCCUUAGUACAACGUAGUCACCCUAUGCCUUAGUACAACAUAGUCACCCAAGCCUAAGUACAACGUGGUCACCCCACGCCUUAGCACAAUGCAGUAAUCCUAUGCCUUAGUACAACGCAGUCACCCUACGCCUUAGUACAACGCAGUCACCCUACGCCUAAGUACAACGCAGUUACCCUACGCCUCGUUCACCAAUGCAGCAAUGAUGUCUCACAGAACACAACAGCCACCACCAAACCCAAGAGUUGCUGAUGUCCCAAGGAAGCGAGAUUCAACAGUUGAUAUGACUAGAGUCUUUGUGCCUGUUGAUAUGGAAUGCCUGAAAUAUCUAUCUUUAUACAAAGAGAAUGAGCUUCAGAAAAUUCAAAAGGACGAGAAUGUGACGAUAUCUGACCGUGUAAAUGGCUACGACGUGAUAGGCCAUACGAUUGAUGUUACGUGGGCAGCAAACAAGAUGGGUCGUCUCGUUGAUGAAGUGAAGUGCUCCACCUUCAGUUUUGUGACUGGUGUCGAUGUAAGGAAAUUUGCUGAAACUGCUGUAACCAUUGGAAAAAGGUAUCGCUGUCUUAUUGGGUAUAAGUCGAAUGUGAACCCAGCAUCGCGUCAACGAUCACAAUCUUCACUUCCUUUCACACAAGGACACCGAGGCGUUAAAGUUACCGUUGUCUUCAAUAGGAUAGAAAAACAAGAGGCUGAUGUGAUUGUUAAUACAACCAACAGACAACUGAAUCUGAGUUCUGGAUCUGGUGAGUCCUAUAGUCUGCUACAGAUGGUUGGUUCUGACAUACAGAAGGUUUUAAACCACAUCUACCCUGACGGAAUAGAGUACGGUCAUUUGGCAGUCACUAGUUCUGGGAAUCUUGGUACUUGUAGAAGGAUCUACCACGGAUGUCUUCCCUACUACAGAGGGUACACGGAAACGUUUUCCCUUUCAAAGUGUUAUCAGUGUCUGGUGUCUCUGGUGUUCCGAUGCCUCAUCCAGGCAAGCAAGGAUGGGUUUGAGACAAUUGCACUGCCAGCGUUCGGUACAGGGGCCCUCCGGUAUCCUACCAAGAACGUAAUACAACUGAUGUAUCAUGCCAUUGAUCUGUUCGCCAAACACAACACACAGACAUCCCUGAAGAAAAUUUUAAUUGUUGCCGCCUUUGAGUCAAGGCUAGAAGUCAAACAGCUGUUUCUAGCUUAUCGAAUCACCCACAAACUCAAGACAAGAUGGCUUGAAGCACCCCGUGAAGACAUACGUCGAUUCUUUUACCGCCUCUUUACGCCGAGAACAGAGAGGAUUGGUAUUUUACCCGAAUUCUUAGGAAGAGAGGUACGGAGACCUGGCCAGACCAGUUGCGAGUUGAGGGUCAUGAUUGGGCACACACUUGUCCAGAUCAUUAAUGGGAGCAUCAAUGAAGUGUGUAACGCCACGCAGACUGCGCUCCUACUGUGGAGAGUGAAGGACACGGGGACAUUUCGCAGUAAGAUGGCGGGACGUGUGACGGAUAUUACUACAACUACACACAAAAGGUGCAUUUCAGUCAACUAUUCUGACGUUAGCGAGGCUGCAAUGGUAACGGCAUUGGGGACAGGGUUACGUCUAGCAGCCGAGAAGGAGUGGUAUCAUGUGACUGUACCGCUAGCAGCUACAGACAUCGUCUCACCUGAUCAAACAACCGCCGCCAUUGUCUCUACCUUAGAGCGUCUAUCUUGCGUGUAUGUGGUGACAAUCGCCGUUCCCAAUGCCAACUACUACAUCGAUUUAGUAACUCGGAUAGCAAAUCAUGGCAUCGUACAGAAGCCUCCAGAUGUGACCAACAGUCUAGCUGGCUCUCAAACAAACCUCUCCCGUCAACGCUCUGGCAGCCUUGAAGCGAUGCAUACCACAGCGGGUGAUGCCGUUAUGGUCGUCACUUCAGAAUCGGAGGAGACAAACAGGAACGCUGCCAGUGACGUUGAGAGGGAGCUUCACGUGCAGUUGCAACCUUUUCUGCACUUCCACACAAGCCUGACCAGGGAAUAAUCAAGAACAGUCUAGUGGCCGAUAUGAGGCUGCAGGUCCGCGGCAAAA